AAGAUCUAAACAUGGAUUUCUGGGACAAUAAAGACUGGCGUUUUGUACGUCUUCAAUUGUGCGCUUUAGGUGUUUGGCCUUUUCAAAAACCAAUAUUACGGAAGGUGAUAGGGUUCUUUAUUGUUCUGUCCGUCCAAACCAUUACAGCACCAGAGAUUAUCAAAUUCACAUUCGUCUGGCGUGAUCUUCAACAGUUUGCUGAUUGUUUUCCAUUAAUAGGAAUACAUCUUACGUGUACUCUUAAGUGGAUGUGUUGUGUUGUAAAUAUGAAUAAGAUUAUAGCUUUGCUCAAUAUGAUAAAAUCUGAUAAUCUAUCGACAGAAUUAGCUGAAAAAGAGCACAAAAUUUUAGAUGAUACCGCACGAUUAAAUCGAUUAUUCGUUGUUUUUUAUUCGGUUUGGAUUUAUAUGGUUGCAAUAUCUUUUUUGAUUUUCGUGCCAUUGAUACCACCAACAAUGGACUUAUUUUCGCCCCUCAAUGAAUCACGGCCAAAAAUGAGUAUAUAUCGCACUGAGUAUCUAUUCGAUUCAAAGAAAUAUGGAUGGGUAAUAAUACUUCAUCAGUGUAUAAUAAGUCCAUUUCCAACAAUGAUAAUAAUCGCAACCGGAUCACUGUACAGUAAUUUAUGUCAGCAUGCCUGUGGCAUGUUCAAAGUAAUAGGACACAGACUUAGAAAUCUUGGCGUUCCUAGCGAUGCCGGGACGGAUGAAAAAAAGUUAGAUAAUCGCACUAGAAACGAAAUUUUUCGUACAUCCUUAAUUACAUGUGAUCAAAUGCACAAAAGAAUGCUCGGAUAUGUCGAUAAAUUUCAGGAUAUUUAUUCUAAUACUUUAUGCUUUUCAAUGACUAUGAGUAUAAUAACAUUGUGUAUUUGUGGCUUGCAAUGUAUAAUAAAAAAAGACGAGUUUUAUGAAGUACUAAGAUUCGGAACUUGUACUCUAGCCAUAAUAGCAGAUGUUUUCAUCCUCUGUUGGUAUGGCCAAAAAUUAAUAGAUAGCAGUGACUAUUUAUACUUUUGCGCAUGUCAAUGUAAUUGGUACCUGUGUUCAACUACACAACAGAAAUUGCUGAUUUCAAUGAUUGUUAAGUUGUCAACACCCUGUUCUGUAACAUUGGGUAAACUUUAUCGAGUAUCCUUGGAGUGUUUUGGCACAAUAAUGAAAACAACGAUGUCAUAUUUCACAGUUAUAAAUUCUAUGAGAGACGAAGAAUAAUUUAUAAAUUUUUAUCUAUAGUAUAUAUAGGUGUUCGCACACAUCGUAUGAAUUUAUGUAUCAAUCUUACAUCUAUAAUCUAUAAUCUAUAAUCAAUACUCACAUAUGUUUAUAAAAUUCAUGAACAAUUUGAUUCAAAUAUAUGUUGUAUG